CGGCUCGGAGCUGUGUCGCGGGCGCGCGCGCGGCCGGCGGAGCCGCAGUUAAAAUGGUCCUAGCCGGACCCCCGCGUUCCCCCAUCCGCCGCAAUGACUGACUGAGCCACCGGGCCAGGGUCGGACUGGUCACCUAGCUGAGAGGCUCGCUCUCUCCGUCGCGUCCCCAAAGCUCGCGCCCAUCGUUCUCCCGUCUUCCCGGGGCAAAGCAUGUAGCCCCAAUCGGGCGCCGGGCUGCCCGCAGCUGACGCCCCCCCCGCCCACCGUCGUGUGUGUGCCUGUGUGCGUGUGUGUGCGCAGGGCAGGCGACCCCGCCGCGGGCCCAAGGCCGAGCCAGCGAGCGGCCUGCCCCGCUGCCGGGAGCCCGGCUCUCCGGGCCUCCCUCCUUCCCGUCCCGGUCCCCCUCCUCGGGGCCUUCUAUAUGGGCCACCUUCUCUCGAGGGAGCCGCGUAACCGCCCGAGCCGGAAGAGGCCUCGCUGUUGCAGCUGGUGCCGCCGCCGUCGCCCUCUCCUCAGGCUACCCCGCCGGACCCCGGCCAAGGCGCCCCCGCAGCCGGCGGCGCCCCGGAGCCGGGACUGCUUCUUCCGCGGGCCCUGCAUGCUUUGCUUCAUCGUGCACAGCCCCGGCGCGCCCGCCCCCGCCGGCCUAGAGGAGGAGCCGCCGCUCUCGCCGCCGCCGCGGGACGGGGCCUACGCCGCGGCCGCCGCCUCGCAGCACCUGGCGCGGCGCUACGCGGCCCUGGCCGCGGAGGACUGCGCUGCCGCCGCCCGCCGUUUCCUGCUAUCCUCGGCCGCCGCCGCCGCCGCUGCCGCCGCCGCUUCGGCCUCGUCGCCCGCCUCCUGCUGCAAAGAGCUGGGGCUAGCCGCGGCCGCCGCCUGGGAACAGCAGGGCCGGAGCCUCUUCUUGGCCAGCGUGGGGCCCGUGCGCUUCCUGGGGCCGCCUGCAGCCCUGCAGCUCUUCCGGGCACCGACGCCGCCUCCGCCACCGCCAGCCGAGCCCCCCACGCCCCCCGAGAUGGUGUGCAAGCGGAAGGGGGCCGGGGUCCCCGCCUGCACCCCUUGUAAGCAGCCCCGCUGCGGCGGGGGGGCCUGCGGCGGCGGCGGCAGCGGCGGAGGCCCUGCGGGAGGAGGCGCCUCGCCGCCCCGGCCCCCCGACGCCGGCUGCUGCCAAGGCCCGGAACAGCAACCGCAGCCUCUCUGCCCCCCGCGCUCCUCUCCCACUUCGGAAAGUGCCCCCACAGAGGCCAGCGGGGACUCGGUCCGAGCGGGGGGCACCGCCCCCUUCCCUGCCCAGCAGCAGCACGAAUGCGGCGACGCGGACUGUCAGGAACCCCCCGAAAACUCCUGCGACUGUCAUAGGGAGCCACCCUCGGAAACCCCAGACAUCAACCAGCUGCCGCCAUCCAUCCUGCUCAAGAUAUUUUCCAAUUUAUCCCUGGAUGAGCGUUGCCUUUCUGCAUCAUUGGUGUGCAAGUACUGGCGUGACCUUUGUUUAGAUUUCCAGUUUUGGAAGCAGCUGGAUCUUAGUAGUCGUCAGCAGGUCACUGAUGAAUUAUUGGAAAAAAUUGCAUCAAGAAGUCAAAAUAUAAUUGAAAUCAACAUUUCUGAUUGUCGCAGUAUGUCUGAUACUGGCGUAUGUGUUCUAGCAUUUAAAUGUCCUGGACUACUUAGGUAUACAGCCUACAGGUGUAAGCAGCUUUCUGACACCUCUAUUAUUGCGGUUGCCUCUCACUGUCCUUUACUUCAGAAAGUUCAUGUAGGCAACCAGGACAAACUUACUGACGAAGGACUCAAACAGCUGGGCUCAAAGUGCAGAGAACUCAAAGAUAUUCAUUUCGGCCAGUGUUACAAGAUCUCAGAUGAAGGCAUGAUCGUCAUAGCUAAGGGCUGUCUGAAAUUACAAAGAAUAUACAUGCAGGAAAACAAAUUAGUCACAGAUCAGUCGGUGAAAGCGUUUGCUGAACACUGUCCUGAACUUCAGUAUGUCGGCUUCAUGGGUUGUUCUGUUACUUCUAAAGGAGUCAUUCAUCUAACCAAGCUAAGAAACCUUUCCAGCUUGGACCUACGUCAUAUCACUGAACUGGAUAAUGAAACCGUGAUGGAAAUUGUCAAGAGGUGCAAAAAUCUUAGCUCUCUCAAUCUCUGCCUGAACUGGAUCAUAAAUGACAGGUGUGUGGAGGUCAUCGCAAAGGAGGGACAAAACCUGAAAGAGCUGUAUUUGGUGUCCUGUAAAAUCACAGAUUAUGCGCUGAUAGCCAUUGGGCGAUACAGCAUGACUAUAGAGACUGUGGAUGUUGGAUGGUGUAAAGAAAUUACGGACCAAGGAGCCACCCUGAUUGCACAGAGCAGCAAGUCUCUCAGAUAUUUGGGACUGAUGAGAUGCGAUAAAGUCAAUGAAGUGACGGUGGAACAACUGGUGCAGCAGUACCCCCAUAUCACCUUCAGCACCGUCCUGCAGGACUGCAAGAGGACCCUGGAGAGGGCCUACCAGAUGGGCUGGACCCCCAACAUGUCUGCAGCCUCCUCCUAAUAGCCCUGCCCACGUGGAGGACCACACAGAUCACCCAUCAGGGCCGAGAGCAAUGGUAGAGUUGGGGUGGGUGGUCUCUUGGAAAGGUUUUAGCUGUCCCGUGUCUACGCGUGUACCUUCACAUGUGUGUGUUUGUGUCUCGUUUGCAUAUUGCAUAGCAUAAGCGCCACUGCUAUUUGUUCCCAGGUGAGCUGGGUUUUUUCUUAAGAAUUAAAGAUAUGGAAAGCCACAAACCUUUUGUUUUUAAGUUCAAAGGUUUAUUUCUCUCUAAAAAAGAUUUUUUUAGUGUAGAAUCAAAAAAAUUGGAUCCAUUAUUUCAAGCUUCUAAUUACUGCCUCAGGAGAUGCCCCCCAGACAAGGCAACUGCCUUCUUUUUUGAUGGGGAAGAAGUGUGCGUUUCUACUGAUGGCGACCAGAACAGGCCCAGCAUUGCACUAAUUGGAAGCCUAGAAACCAGUACUUUUCAAAAUUUCAAGCACAUACACACAUAUAAGUUCUUCUACUCUUUCAUGUAUACACACCCCAAGGCGCUUUCUUUCUAGAUCAUUUUCUGGCACAGGGACCUUCCUCCAGGCCACUGAGGGAGCAUGUCAUUCACUGUGGCUCUGCCUAACUCACUGUGCCCACAGGUGGCCGAUCUGCUGACCAGUGGGUGACUUAGAGACUAGAGAGAAUAAUGCCUAUUGUGAAGUUUUCGCAUGGAGGCAAAAAUCUAGACUCCCCCAACCAGCUCACAAAAGUUAAUUAUUCAUUAUUCUACAAAUGUGUUCUAUUGAGUGUGAGUAUUUCGAGUUUCUUGUUAACAUUGUGUCAGCUUUUAGUUCAUGGGUAGUAACUGGUUUGGAUAUAUUUUAAUGCUAUUUGGAGCUAAUCUCAGCAUUAUGCACAUUAAAGCCACCAGUGUAAUUAAUAGUGUGCAGUUAUUAAAAGAAGAACCUCAGAUCACUUAAUUAUUUUUGUUAAUUUUGGUAAUUAUGAAAGUAUAUUUCUGAGAUUUGGGGCUAGUCGCAUUAUUAGAAGAUUAAUGAGUGAGAUAUAAGUAGACAAUCUAUUGUUUUUUUGUUUUGUUUUUUUUGCUUUGUGCUUUAGGACAGGUUUUUUUGGAUAUAUGCAUGUUAUCAUAUACAGUUCUUAUGCUAGAACAGCAUAAUUUUUAUGCUGUUGCAAAGGUCUUGGUGUUGUAUGAGUUAAGAAAGAUUAGAAAAUCUUUUCAUUAAGAUUAUUAAGAUUCUGUUUAUACUCAUCAGAAAUAAGCAUUUCUUUGUUUAAUUUGCCAGUUUUCAGUUUAGACUAUAUCUGUUAGUAAGUGAAUCUAUGUUUUAAUUUCACACAUCUUUACAAUUAAUUCAUAGUCGUGACUCAGGCUCAAAUAACCUUUCCUAUGUCUAGAUUUAUAAUCAAGACAUCGGGGGCCUUUUUAAUCUAAAGAGUGAUUCUCUUUUGCAGUAGAGUUAGAUACACAAAACCCUGACUUGGGAGUGUAUUAUUUAUUCUUCCCCAGUGUGGACAUAACUGUUUUUUUGGUCUUUAACAGUUAUACUGAGAUUUGAGUUUCACUUUGUAUGUUCCAAUGUUGCUAAAGUGAUACAAGCUGUAAGAAACAAAAAAUAGCUUUACAUUCAAAUGUCAUUCACUUAUUUAUAAUAACUUUUUUUCAUAAGCAACUGUUUCCUUUGAUUAUGUCAACAUGUUUCUUGAUGUGGCAUGUUUUUGCUUUUAAUCCCAAUCAGUUUGGAAAAUCUUGUCACUAAGCACCAAGGGUAUUUUUUUCCACCACUAAAUGGGUUACUAAUUGAAUUCGAAGGGGAUAAAAUUUGUGUAAGAAAAGGAGCUAUUUAUUAUCAAUAAACUACAGUUCUUCUGACACAUGGAACUGUAUCCUCUUCAUAUUCAUCUCCCCACCACUGCAGAAUAUCUUAAAUCACAAUAUUUUAACUGGUUUUUAAUCCAAAACUAAUUUAUAAGACAAUAUGUAUAGUAAUAGUAGCUUGAGUGAAUAAGCAAAAGUUUAAUUUUUAUAUAUGUCACACUAUAUUUUAAAUAGUUAAAAAAGACAAAAGAAGGGAGAGCCAUCAACAAUAUAGAUAGUGCCAUUUCAGUUCAAAGUUGUAAUAAUCUUGGAGUGUCACAGUUUGGUUGUCAAAUGGUUUCAGAAGUGUAUAAUUGAUUUUUUUAAAAAAUGUUGCGUUGUUUGAAUCUAAAGUACAGCACUAUAACACGCUUUAGCUUGGGGUGGGGGUGGGAUGGGGCAGGGGACUUGCACUUAUACUUUAAGAUGUUGACUAAUCCAGAAAGCCUGAUGCAUCAUAACCUGGAAAACUGCUUUGGUAUAUUUGUAGGAAUCUGUAGAAAUAUCAUAUCCAGCCUCAAAGCAUUAAUCUCAAAAAGCAACCAGAAAAAGCAUCACCUUGAAUGAUCCAGUGAUGGUUGUUGAAUGUGUUCUCAUUAGAUGCUUUGAAAUAAGGCUUAAAAUGAUUUUUCUGGGCAAUAUAGACUUUCUUUGUUUUUUGCUUAGAAUGUCAUAAAUAUAUGUGAACAUGUUUAAUGCAGGGCUUUUUAUCCUCUCCAAAAUGUCAACAGUAUUUUCAGAAUAAAGACUAUGAAAUAUA